AUGGAAGGAAAUGAAUCAGAUACUGGGUUUAGUAGUCAAGGUUCAUCAGACGAAAUACUAGAAGAAUUAGAACAAAAAGGAUUGAAGAGAUCCUACCCUGAAGAAGAUGAUAAUGAAUCUGAAGAAAAAGAUGUUUCAAAUGCAGAGAAAAGAAAAUUAAAAAAAUUGUAUAAACCUCCUACUGCAGAGGAAUUGAAUCAUUUAAAAGAAACACAAAAUUUGUUUCAUUCUAAUUUAUUUCGACUGCAAAUCGAAGAAAUGCUGAAAGAAAUUCAAAUUAAAGAUAAAAGAAGAUUGCAAUUUGAAGCAUGGUUUGAAAAAUUUCAAUCUGCAGUUUCAAAAUUAAAAGAUAAUAUUCAUAGUUAUAAAAUAAUUGAUCAAGAAUGGCUAAAAAAUUAUAAAGUUAAGAUUCCAAUCCCUCAAACACCAUACAAUGUGGAUGGAAAUUAUCAAUUUAAAAAGCCGUCUGCAGUUAAAGUAAUUGGUUCUUAUGCCUCAAACUUGUUGAUCGGACCUAAAUUUACUGUUGAUAUAUUAGUUGAAAUUCCUCAAACUUUUUUUUAUAAAGAAGAUUAUUUGAAUUGUAAAUAUCAUAGAAAAAGAGCUUUGUACAUGUGUGAAUUUAUUCACCAAUUACAAGAAUUUCCUGAUUUAAUCGAGAGUUUUAAUUUUAUCUCCGAUGAAUUGGAUAGUUUAAAACCUGGUAUUGAAAUAACACCUGUAGGAAAAUUAAACAAACAUGUAUCAAUUUUUUUACAUUUUUGUCCACCGAAAGACACAUUCAAAUUGAAUAGAUUUUCUCCUGGUAAAAAUAAUGUAAGGGUUAAGUGGUUUUUUAAUGAAACUGAAAAUAAAACAGACCUGUUUCCAACACCCUUUUACAAUAGUACUAUACUUGCUGAUUUAAUUAUCGAAGAUAAUAUGAAUUAUUUAAAAGAAACACUUUUAAUGCACAAUAAUAUUAAAGAUGGAAUUCUCCUUUUGAAAAUUUGGUUGAAACAACGUGAAUUAGAUAAUAGUAUUGGAAGUUUUAAUGGAUUUUUAUUGUGCAUGUUGGUUUGCUACCUAUUACAAAUAAAAAAAAUCAAUGUUUUAAUGAGCAGUUAUCAAAUUUUUAGAAAUGUUUGCCAUUAUUUGAUGGGAUGCGAUUGGUUAAAAAAUGGCAUUAUCUUGUGUAGUAAUAACGAUGAUGCCAACAUGCCAACUUUGACAGAAUUUCACAGUCAUCAUAAGGUAGUCUUCAUAGACAUAACUGGUUACCAUAAUUUUUGUUAUGCCGUCAAUCCGUGUACAUUUGAACGCAUUCAACAAGAAGCUCAAUGUGCUAUUGAUUAUUUAAAUAAUCACAAUAUAAAUAGUUUUCAAGUGUUAUUUAUAAAUAAGGUUCCAUUUUAUCGACAUUUUGAUCAUUUAGUAACGUUUAGCAAUGGAGAAUUGCUAGAAAAUAUCGUAGACGUUUAUUCUCCGAAAAGUAAGAGAUUAAACUAUUGCGGCGUUAAUUCGCAUUUAAUAAGCGAAUUAAUUAUAAAUUUGCUGAAAAGGGGUUUAGGUAAUAGGGUAACGAAUUUAAGUGUUAAACCCGCGAGUAAAAUUCGUUGGAAAAUCAAUAAAAAGUUCAAAUCGACUUUGACAUUUACCAUCGGAUUUAAUCUCGAUCCGAAUAAUUAUUUUAGCGUUAUCGACAAAGCUUUGGAAUUCGAAACGGAUUCUUUUAGAGAAUUCUGGGGAGAUAAAUCGGAAUUGAGGCGUUUUAAAGAUGGUUCCAUUACGGAAGCCGUCGUAUGGAACGGACAAACGUUUUCGCAAAAACGUUUAAUCGUAAAAGAAAUCCUAAUUUAUUUAUUAAAAUUAAAAUUCGGUUUGGAAAUUGGAGAUUUUCAGUACGUAGCCAAUCAGUUAGAAAGUUACACGUCGAAAAAUGUCGAAGAAGAUACUUUGACGGUUUUGGAAACUUUCGAUCAACUCGUCAAACAAAUUCGAGAUUUAAAUAAUUUACCUUUGGAAAUUGUUUCAGUACAGGGAACAUCCCCUGUAUUUCGGUAUGCAGACGCUUUUCCUCCGAUUCCGCAAAAACAACGGAAAACAUAUCAAAAAAAAAAUCACGGAACUCAUGCUCGGAUAAAUACGGAUUUAAAAUCGUGUCCUCCGUGGAUAAGUCCGAUUAAUAUUAUAUUGAAAAUGGCGGCAAGUAGCAAAUGGCCGUUAGAUUUGGAAGGAAUUAAAAGAAUUCGAGCUGCGUUUAACAUAAAAAUAUCCGAAUCUCUCGCUUCACAAUGCGGUAUCGUAAGCGAGGCUUUUCCGGAUCGCUUGGAAUUAAUUAAAAACGGUUUCGUUUUUCAUUUAAAAAUUGUCUACCCAAACGAAAUCGCUCUCUUGAAACGAAUCGUGGACACAGAUGGUUUAGUCAAGUACAAAGAUAAUGAGAAAAGUUUAAAACUAGAAAAGGAGUCGAUUUAUUUGCCAAAGCAUUCCAGCACUUUACACGGGCUUUAUCAAGAACACAAUUCUUUCGGACCUGCUUGCUGUCUCGUGAAACGUUGGAUUUCAUCUCAUCUUCUGGAUCAUUUUCACGUAUCCGAAGAGUGCGUAGAGUUGUUGGUCGCAUCCCUGUACCUUAAGCCUCAACCUCACAAACCGCCCUGUCAGCCCCAGGUUGCUUUUUUCAGGUAUCAUUAUUUAAUGGCGACGACUAAUUGGAAUACCGAAUGCAUAAUUUUAAAUUUCAACGACGAAUUGACACAUGAAGAAAUGAUGGAUAUCGAAUCAGAGUUUAGUAACAAUAGGGAUGCUUUGCCCCCCUUGUUCAUAGCAACUCCCUACGAUAAGAAAAAGUCUGUUUUCACCGUAAAUUCACCGAAUUCGUUAAUAUUAUUGAGACUCGUCGAAUUAAGUGCCAACGCGUUAAAAAUUAUCGAUCAACAAAUUUAUUCGCAAUCUCUUUUUUCAAAUCAGGUACUUUUUUCCCCUUGUCUCGAUUCAUACGACGUAUUAAUUAGAAUAAAUGACGAUUACAAUCCGAAGAAAAAAGUUUCAUCCGAUGUGAAUUUCGAUGACGACAGCGAAUACAGGAAAAACAUUCCAAUUAAUGGAUUCGAUCCUGUUUCUUUGUAUCUGACGGAAUUACGGGAGAAUUAUAGUGAUUUUGUAUUAUUCUUUCACGAUUCGUACGGAGGUUCUAUUAUUGCCGCCAUUUGGAAACCUGACACAUUAGAACCCUGCGAAUUUAAAGUUCCAAAUAUUUCCGGUAGGAAAUUCAAUGAAAAAACAAAAAUGCUGGAAUUAAAUAAGGAAGCUCUACUGGAAGAUUUUUGGCACGUCGGAAAAGAUCUUGUUAAGAAAAUCGAAGUCAAAACCGAUGGAGUUUUUAAAACGUUGAAUUUAUUUAAAAAUUAA